AUGCAGCAAGAGGGGGAGCCCCUGUGCUCCUCGACCAAGGGCACCCUCAGCAUGCACAGGGAGGCAGGAGCCCUCCUUGUGGACCUAGAGACCCCAGAGGAGAUGCGGGCUCGCAGCCUGGGCAGGCCCCUCAAAUCCUCGAAGCAGUACUUGCGCCAGGUCAUUGCAGAAUACGAGGCGCUGGACCGGGAGCUGCCGUGUAUCCGGAAGUUCCCCACGCCGCCCGCCGCCCAGCCCCUCUGCCUGUGCAUGGAGACCUCGCCCGAGGAGGACCUCACCCACCUGGAGGUGCUGGAGGCGCUGGAGGCCGAGUUACCCGGGGCCAUGGAGAGCGGGCGCGUGAGCAGCAUCCGCUUUGAGAACAUGAACGUCAUCUGUGGGACUGCGGGCCGCCGGGACCGGUGGCUCAUCUCGGUCACGGACUUCCAGACUCGCUCGCGCCUGCUGCGCUCGGGGCUCCGCCUCCGCGGGCUCGCGCACCCGCUCGUCCGCCACGACGAGCUGCUGCGGGGCGACUACCGCCUGCACCUGCGCCGCUCCCUGGUCCGACGGCGCAUGCUCGAGGCCCUGGGGGCGGAGCCGACCGAGGAAGACUGACGCGUGAGGGCCGGCCCCUGCUGCGCCUGCGCACCGCCCAGCUGGCUCCGGCUCCCCUCCCGGAACCCCGGAGGGAAGGGGGCGUUGCCUCCCCAGGAAGGAGGCGGGGCCGGCUCGAGGGGGUGGAUACUGUGAGUUUAAUUAUAAAGAAUGACCUGGUACAAAAGCCAUUUCU